CAAACCAAGAAUGUGUGAUUGUAGGGGGGACUCUUUUUGUGUAACUCAGAUGCGUCACCGCCACUCGCUUCGCUACCAUAGUGACAGGAAAACUGUAGGAUUAAAACCUGUCAGCCAGUUAAGUUAGGCCAGUGUCAUACAUGCAUGUGGAUGGUUCUGCAUCGAGUGCUGACUCGCUGGGGAACUGUUCUUUGAAGGAAGGCUGGUAUCGUAACAGAGGGAUUUGGGAAAACAAGCUUAUCACCAUGUCUGCUGCUCAGACUGAGCAAGAGAAUUCCAUGGCCAGUUCUAAAUGGCUUGAUGCACAUUAUGAUCCUGUGGCGAAUCUCUACACAUUUUCGUCUUGCAUGGCUCUAGCUGACUUACAUGGAGAUGGCGAGAGCAAGCUGGUGGUUGGUGAUCUGGGCACAGGUGCGAAUAACAUGAAGCUGAAGGUGUUCCGUGGCACGGGGUUACUGAGUGAGAACACCCUGCUCGACCUGCCCACCGGCCUGGUGGCUUUCCUCAUGGACCAGCACGAGCCGCGCACACCGGCCGUAGCAGUGGCAUCGGGCCCUUACAUCUACGUGUACAAGAAUCUCCGCCCGUACUUCAAGUUCACCUUGCCCUCGCUGGAGAUCAAUGGCCUGGAACAGGAUGUGUGGAUUCAAGCCAGGGAGGACAUGAUUGACACCAUGACCCUAAAGGAAAUGUUGGAGGGAAUAAGGGACAAAGCUGAAGUUCCUCUCUCCGUCAGGUCGUUAAGGUUUCUGAUGCUGGAGCCACAGGACAUGGAGGCUUUCGUCAACUUGCACAAAGAUCAGCCCAUACGGAGACAGACGGUCAUCACAUGCAUAGGCACACUGAAGAAGAACAUGGCGGAUGAGGACGCGGUCAGCUGUCUGGUCAUUGGCACAGAGAAUAAGGAUAUCUUCAUUUUGGACCCAGAGGCUUUCACCAUCCUCUCCAAGAUGUCUUUGCCAAGUGUGCCUACGAUGAUGGACGUGACUGGUCAGUUUGAUGUCGAGUUCCGCAUCACGGUGGCGUGUCGCAAUGGAAAUAUAUAUAUCCUGCGUAGAGAUUCUCCGCAGCCCAAGUACUGCAUUGAGCUGGCCGCUCACCCCGUGGGCUUGGUGAGGAUAGGGAAGAACGUGGUUGUGGGGUGUGCUCAGGAGACCUUGCAAGGUUACACACAGAAGGGGAAGAAGCUAUGGACCGUCUACCUGCCUGCCCCAGUGACCACCAUGGGCGUGAUGGAUCUGCCCACGCGGGGUUUUGAGGCUGUGCUGGUGGCCUUGGCCAGCUGCGAGGUGCAUGUGUAUCGGGACAAAAAUCUCGUGAGCACCAUCAAGACUCCGGACGUGGUUACCAGCAUUUGCUUCGGUCGUUAUGGGCGAGAGGAUGGUACCUUAAUCAUGUCUACCAAAGGUGGAGGUUUGAUUGUGAAGAUCCUGAAGAGGACAGCGGUCUUUGAGGACAGGGACUCUGCCCCGGGGCCCCCUCUGGCUCAGAGCAUCCGCCUGAACGUCCCCAAGAAGACCAAGCUGUACGUGGACCAGACCAUGAGGGAGAGGGAGAAUGCUGUGGCUAUGCACAGGGCCUUCCAGAUGGACCUGAGCCGUCUGCGUCUGGCGGCAGCGCGGGCCUACGUGAAGGCCCUGGAGUCCAGCCUCACGCCCAUGUCCUCCAGCAUCACGGAGCCGCUCAAGAUGAACGCAGUGGUCCAGGGUUUGGGCCCGUCCUUCAAGCUCACGCUGAACAUCCAGAACACGGCCGCCAGCCGCCCCGUCAUGAACCUGGUCGUCUGCUUCCUGUUCGAUGAGCGCCUCUACAGCAUGAAGACGGCCUUCUUCAAGAUCCCGCUGCUGGUCCCUGGCCUGAACUAUCCCAUCGACACGUUUGUUGAGUGCCUGACUGACAAAGGCAUUUCAGACAUCAUCAAAGUGUUUGUUCUGAGAGAGGGGAAGAGUGCCCCCCUAUUGACGGCCCACAUCAACAUGCCCAUCAGCGAGGGUCUGCCUCUCAACUGAAGCCAACGCACAGGUCAAGACUUUGAGAUCAGUUGGUGCACCUGGAGACACGUUAGCCUCUAGCUACAAGGCUGUCACCAGACGACCCCCCCAUCCCUGUGAAUGGAGCGCCCAGCUCGAGCUGCCCUUUCAGGCCCUCACAGGCUUCCGUAGUGUAGGUGGAUAUGGGCUGCUUGCCCCGUGAGCAGACAGACAGUGAGUUUUACCUCAGAUAUGGGACACAGUAGUUUGUAUUGAAUUCAAACUUGUUUGUGAUGGUGCUAAACCAUAGAUUAUAGAUGGCUGGUUACUGAAAAGAAAAGAUUAACGUGUGUCUUGAAUGUAAUAUGUCCAGAGUAGUUACAUAUUUCUAUGUCAAAUCCACUCUAUUUAUUAUGCUAUUUGCUAAGUUUAAGAGUUUUAAAAGUUUAUUCUUGAAGAUGUCUAAAUUAAAGCAUUAUUCAUUAUGGGGUUUUUUCUACGGUGAGUGGAGAUCAUGAGAGACAC